AUGGCCAGGCGGCGAUUUAUAAGCCUGGAAAGUCGCUUUCGCAAGCAACCGGAAAUUAAAUCCGCCUAUGUUGAUUUCAUUGAGGAGUAUCGCAAACUAGGACAUCUAGCAAUAUCUGAGGUAGACCGACCUGAGCUUGCCUAUUUUGUUCCGCAUCAUCCUGUCAUUCGUGAAGACAGUGAGUCAACACGUCUACGCGUCGUUUUUGACGCAUCAGCUCGCACUUCAUCUGGUUUGUCUAUAAACGACAUUCAAAUGAUAGGCCCUACAGUUCAAGACUCUCUUUUCAAUAUCCUCAUCCGGUUCCGGCAAUAUCGUUAUGUGUUGUCAGCGGAUAUUGAAAAAAUGUACCGGCAGGGUUUAGUAAAUGAAUCUGACCAAAACCUGCAGCUGAUUUUAUGGCGGGAUGCGGAGGACAAACCAAUACAAACACUCAGGCUUAACACGCUCACCUACGGAUUUGCUAGCGCUAGUUUCCUUGCCACCAGGUGUCUCUGGCAAGUGGGCGAGGAGUGUGAAUAUGACGUGAUUAGGGCAGUCAUACAAGAGCACAUAUAUGUUAAUGACUUACUAACUUCUCAAACGGUGGUAGAGCCACGCAGCAGUUUUUGCUGUUGCACGUAUGGGCCGGCUCGAGCCGGGUUGGUACCACGACCUCACAGAAUACCGGCGUGA